AUGGACGAAGAAAUGACCCCAAGGAACGAAUUGAACGUCAUGCGGAAUUCCAUGGAGCAAAGUAGCCUACCUAUCACACAGAUACAAGGAAACGAACGCAUGGAAUGUCCGUCUCUAAGCCAGAUCAUAUCUAGUUUGGCUAUGCCCCCGGCAUUAGCCCCUGGCGUAUCUAAGCCUUUGCCUCUUGAAGAACAACGAACUUUGUUUGACACUUUUCAAGAGGCUCUCAAUAUGGCGGAGACUAGAUACCAAACCAGUCCAACAGCUGAAGCUGAAGAAGAUAAUCCUUCCUUCGAGCAAGUUAAUGCUCUUUUCGAGGGCCUCCAAGAUAUUUUGUAUAGGCUCUGGACAUGCAGGUCAAGCUUCAUAGUGCAAGCUGCAGAGGCUUUGGCAAACGGAAGUAGGAACCCAUUGUGGCGACUUCCGUAUGGACAGAGUGGUGUUCUAUCUUUUUUUCUCCAACUUAUUGCUUCAAAGGAGGAAGUUGGUACUGGUCUGCUCCUUCAUGCCUUGCGACUGAUUGGGAACUCCUGUGCCGACACUGACGAAAACAGAACGAUUGUUGUGAAAGGAAACUACACUUCUGCUAUCAUCCAACAUCUUCUGAAUCCCGAACUUAUAAAGAUAGUAAUACCUGUUAUCUACAACAUUUGCAUUGAUUUUGAGCCGGCCCAGUCUCAACUGGCUGCAAGUAAAAUAGUAUACAUACUCCUGAAAUUAAUAAGGGAGGACUCGUUCAAGGACAACGAAAAUUUACUUGAUUUUGCCUAUGAGCUAAUAGAACUAACUGCGGAGCAAGAACAAGGGAUAGAGUUAUCACCUGAUGAAACCAUCUCGCUCCUUAUUGAUCUUGUAGUUGAUAAGGACAUUGUCCAUACCCCUUCUCGAUUUUCUUGCAUUGCGACUUGCUCGAUGGCGUAUCUCGAUAAUAAACGGUUUCAGAAUGUCUGCAUAACAAGAUACAUGGUAGCUGACAUUCUAUCGAUGCUCAGCAAAUCCUUGGAUUUCGACGCGGGGUGGCCCUCUAAUGAUGAUAUUAAAGUACUGGCACAAGUUCAGUUAAGGAUCAACCAAAUGCUAGCAGAGAUAUCUGGAGCACCAUUAUUCGCUGAAUAUUAUCCCCUUGGCUCUGAUCUUUCACGGAUGCUGAGAAGCUGGUUGCAGAGAACGGAGGAUCAACUACAGAUCUGUUCCUGUGUCAUGUUAGGUAACUUGGCGCGUUCGGAUGAAGUAUGUCAAGUGAUGGUCCGAGACCUGAGUAUCCACCGGGAUCUGAUAUCAAUCGUUAAGAGUGACGCUAAAGGAGCCGUCCUUCAUGCUGCACUAGGAUUCUUGAAGAAUUUGGCAAUUGCUGGAGAUAAUAGAUUGCAUCUGGGACAAGCUGGUAUCAUUCCUGCGGUCUCUCGUCUUUGGGAAUAUGAGACGGUGCCACAAGUUCAGUUCGCAGCCACCAGCAUCGUACGGCAGGUGAUCAUUGCUUCAGUUGAAAAUGUAUCCCAUUUGCUAGAGGCCUUCCCUGGGGAUGACGAUAGCAGGACUUAUCUCUCACAGUUGCUUUCGCUGUUUGAGAAAACGGACUCCACCCCUAUUAGAACUGAAAUUGGACGCAUCAUAGCAUCCAUAUGCCGUACCCUCGUCCCAAAAUUUCGUGAACAAGACCAACAAGCAGAUGCCAUCCUCAGGCGUCUCUUUAGCAUUCACGAGGGCAUUGCCUUCCCAAUAGGUGCUAUGAUUUCUCAAUCACAGUGGCCGGUUGUUCGGAGUGAAGGCUGGUUUGCCCUCGCGUUGAUGGCGUCUAGUCAGCCGGGCUCUGCGACAGCUGUGGACUGCAUAGAGAGGAUGGGUCUGUUCCCAACUCUUGAGCAAAGCUUGAGUGCGGAAUCCUUUGGCUCAAUGGACGAAGUGGACAAGUUACAGUUGAUCAAAGAUCGUGACAACAUAAUCGUCCUCAUCCAGGAAAUAUUGAAACAAAGUCCUAUUCAACUUUCAGACUCGGCCAAAAAUACGCUACAAGGCCUAAUGAACAGCCAAGUCUUGCAACACUUGGAAAGUACUAGAGAACGUUGA